AGCGAAAGCGAAGCCAGCAGCAUGUCCAAGGCAAGCAGCACGACACCCACUGCAGCAGCUGUUGGGGCAAGUGCAACAAAUGCCUCGAAUGCGAAUGCGAAUGCGAAUGCAAAUGCAAAUGCCAAUGUGAAUGCGAAUCCCAAUGCCGAUUUCAGUGCAUUCGAUUUCAAUGAUAGUUCGGAUAAUUCCGAUACGCCGCUAGUGCCACGCCCACCGUUCCUGAGUCGCGCCGCCGCGGCAGCAGCUGCGGCAGCGGCAGCAGCAGCCGCACUGAGCAGCAGCAGCAACAAUUCCAAUUCCCAAACUUCAGGCGGUGGCGGCGUGCAACAACAGCAGAACAUGCAGCAACAGCAGAGCCAGCAACAGCACCUCAAUAACAACAGCAACAACAACAACAACAACAGCUUGCAACAUAACAACAACAAUAACAAUUGCCGUAGUAGCAGUCGCAGCAGCAGCACCUCCCAAAGCAGCCUGGACGAGGAGGAGGACGAAGAUGAAGAGGAGCAGCAACACCAGCAGCAGCAGCAGCAGCAGCAACAGCAGCAGAGGGCUGCUGCAGCAGCUGCCGUUGUUGCAGCAGCAGUCAGCGCGUUGCACAACGGUAAACAGCAGUUCAACAACAACAACAGCAGCAUUAACAACAACAGCAAAGGGCGAGAGCCACGAGAACUGCACGAUCCUCAGCAACAGCAGCAGCAACAGCAGCAGCAACAGCAACAUCAUCCAGAAGAUGAGGAGGAAGACGACUACGACGAGGAUGAUGAGGAAGAUGAUGAAGAGGAGCCACAACACCAGCAGCAGCAGCAACAACAUGGCAAUGGACUUGGCCAUGACCUCACGCCCACAGAUCUGCGUCACGUCCUGCCAUCCAGCACCACCCAUCACGAUCAUCUCCACCAGCAGCAACAGCAGCAACAGCAGCAACAGCAGCAGCAACCGCAGUUGCAGACGCAGUUGCAGUCACAGAUGCAGCAGCCGCAGCAGCACCAGCACCACCCCCAAGAACAGGCCGACUACGACGACGAUGGCGAGGACGAGGACGAUGAGGACGAGGAGGAGGACGAGGCGGCCAGCAGUCACCUGGACAGCCGUGCCACUCUCACAUCGGCCCACCUGAACAGCGCGGCGGCGGCCGAGAGCAGCGGCCUGCACAUGAGCGCCGUGGCCGCGGCUGCAGCAGCAGCAGCAGCAGCGGCUGCGGCCGCAGUCAAGCUGAACGCACAGCUGGAGCAGCAAAACGCCACGGCCCUGGACAUGGCCAGCGUGGGUCCAGGUGGUGGCGCCAAUGUCUCUCAAAUGUCGAUGGUGCCCGCCCCGAGCAGCCUUAUUGGCGGCAACAGCAACACCAGCUUCUCCACCAACAACAACAGUAACCAUGCCCUCAGCUCGACGCACGGCAGCACGGGCGGCGGGGCGGGUGGUGCCAACUGCAGCAACGAUCUGGCGGCCAGCUCUCGCGGUGGAGCGGGCAGUGUGGGCCCCACCUCCCAGCAGCAGCAGCAGCCGCACCAACAGCUGCAGCAGCUGCAACAGCAGCAGUCGGGCAGCGGGAGCAGCAGCGCAGCCAGCGAGCGGAGAAAGUACCGCCACCAGAACUACAGCAAGAACAUCUAUAUAGGCACAAAGAACGCCGAAAAGUGGGAGCACAUGCGCACCCGGCUACAAUUCAAAAACGACGUGGAGUUUGUCGCCUACCUCCUCAACCUGGCCGACAACGAUACGGAUCGACUAAACAACCUACCACCGCCCUCGCCGGCCCCAACGCCCACCAAAGGCUUCGAUGGAAACUUCAAGCUGGAGCCGAAUCUCAGUGUCAAGGACUUUGCCCUGCCCCCAGAGUCCUCGUCGAUGAACGGUACUGGGAACGGGAACGGCAACGGCAAUGGCGACUCAGCCUCGGCGACCUCCGUGGCGAUGGUCACGCCCACACCGCCGCAACGGAAGCGCUACAAGAAGCGGGUGCAGUUCUCAACGGAUUCGCUGAACGGAUACGCGGGCGGCAAGGCGGCCAAAGGUGGCGCUGGAGCGGCUGGCGGAGGAUCAGGAUCGGGAUCGGGAGCAGGAGCUGGCGGCGGGACAGGGUAUCACAGCGGCUAUGCCAAAUCCAAAAAGCAGGAGGCCAAGGCAGCGGCGGCUGCUCUCAAGGCCGGGGCAGCUGCAGCAGCGGCGGCGGUGGCGGCUGCGGCAGCCGCCAACUCCUCGGCCCUGCCCGAGGUCCUGGACUGCCGCAUCGCCGAGAAGAUCAAGAGCGAGCUGGAGGCCAGCGCCAGUGCCGGCAGCAAGGAGUCCCUGCCCAGCGCUCUCUGCCUGAAGAAGGCCGCAGCGGCGGCAGCAGCGGCCGCGGCAGCAGCAGCAGCAGCGGCAGCGGCGAACAGCGAAGAGGAGGACGAGGAGGAGCAUCAGCAUCAGCAGCAUCCACAUCUGAUGGGAGCCGGCAUGGCCAUACCCCUGGGUGUGGCCGGGGGUGUGGAAGUGACGGCCAAGACCGGUGCGGAUGCUGUGGACGGCACCACGCCCACCAACGGGCAGAUGGGCAACUUCCAUGUGCGCUCCAAGAGCCAUGGCGGUGGCGGUGGCAAGAAAUCCCAAUCCGCCAAGGCAGCGGCGGCGGCAGCGGCAGCAGCAGCAGCAGCAGCGGCGGCCGCCGCCAUGAUGCCACCCAAUUCCAGCUACGACGAGCCCGAGGACGAGUCGGCAACCGGAGGCACUGCCGUCAACGAGGAGGAGGACGACGAUGACGAGGAGCUGGACGAGGAGGCGCUGGCUCGCGAGAUGAAGAUGGAGCAGAACUUCGUGGAGGAGGAGGACGAGCACGACAUUGCCUUCCGGUCGCAGCAGUCCUGCCGCGAAUGCUCCAUCACGCACGACCACAAGCUGUGUCCGCUGCGCAACGCCUGCGGCAAUGUCACGGACGCCGUGGACCUGGCCGAGUGGAUCGAGCGCCGGAAUCUGGAGGCACUGGCCAAGCUGAAGGCGGAUGCCCACCGGCAGGCGAAGCGGGGUCGUGGGCCGCGGCACGAUGACGACGAGGACGACAUGGAGGACAUGGACAUGGACGAGUCGUCGCAGCUGUCCGAGCUGGAGACCAAGCCGCUCAUAACGUUCGCCGAGGCCUCCGUUCCGGCGGAGUUCGAGCUGCACAACGUCGAGCCGAAUGUCACCGGGGUCUUUGCCCGCACCGAGGUCCGGGCCUUCACCAAGCUGGGGCCGCUGAUCGGCCAGCCGGUGCAGACGGGCGAGGUGCGUGAGGGCAGCGACAUGAAGUGGAUAUUCGAGAUGUGCGAGGCCGGGGCGGACAAGUCCUACCUCCUCUGCUGCGACAACCCCAACGCCUCCAACUGGCUCCGCUUCAUACGGCCAGCCCCCUGCUACGACGAUCGGAACGUCAAUCUGGUGUCCAUCGAUCAGCAGGCGUACUUCGUCAGCUGCCGCGAUCUGCGCAACGGCAUGGAGCUGCUCUACUGGAGCGACGACUGCAACACCAUGUGGCGGAAGAAGCACACGGAAAAGAUCAAUUGCGGCGGCUGCAGUCUGAAGUUCGAGCAUCCCCUGUACUAUCGCACCCACUGCUCCGUCUUUCACGACCCAUCGAUGAGCCUCACCAUACGGAAAUACCACUGCAAGGUAUGCGGCGAGGCGGUGCUGGGCAAGGACAAUAUAAUGAAGCAUGCCGCCGAGAAGCACGACGGCAAGGGCGCCUACCAGUGCCAGUUCUGCAACAAGUUCUUUCUGCGCCUCAAUUACCUGGAGAUGCACCGAACCUACGGGUGUGCCUCCAAUCCGAAUCGAUCGCGACCCGUCUGCGAUUUCUGUGGCCGCAAGUUCUGCCAGCCGCAGAAGCUGAAGGCCCACAUCAAGCGCAUGCACAGUGAUAUGGCUGAAGUUUUACGAGAUUUUCAGUGUAAAUUAUGUUCAAAACUUCUAGGAUCGCGUGCGGCACUGCAGCGGCACUCGAAGGAGGUGCACAGCCGCAACUCCACCGUCGUGAGCUGUCCGCGCUGCCAGAAACUCUUCCAGAAUCGCAGCAAUCUCAAGAUUCACAUGCUCACCCAUUCCGGGGUGCGUCCCUUCAAGUGUGCGGAGCCCGAGUGCAAUGCGGCGUUCACCACCAAACAGUGCCUGCAGUUCCACUACAAGAAGGUGCACAACUACACCCAGGAGCAGAUGCCGAAGAUCGAGAGGAGCGUGGCCUACACGUUCGAUGCCUAUUCCGGCGGCAUGAAAGUGGACUUUCUGGGUAAGCAGCCGCCGGCGGAGUCACAGCUGCCUAAUGCAGCUGUCGUCUCCUCCUCCUCAUCCACAGAGCAAGCACCGCGCCGGCGGCGCAAGAGCCUCGAGGACCAGAACUCGAUGCUCAGCAGCUCGAUGCAGAGCGACACGGAGUUCAGCGACGACAACAUCUUCGAGGCCAUCAAGAAGAGCGGCAAGUCCAUCAAGGAUCUGUGCCGCAACGAGCCGAAUCUAUCGCUGCUCAGCUCCAAGAUCUCCAGCAUCUUUGGCGAGAAGGUGCCGGUCCCUGUCCCAGUGGCUGCACCCUCGGCCACCGUCUCGCUGCCACCCGUCGCAGGUGGCCGCAAGCGGAAGCGGAAGAAGGAGCCGGCCAAUUCUACGGCCGCCCAACAGCAGCAGCAACAGGCGGCCCUCCAGCAGCAGCAGGCGCAGCUGCAGCAGCAGCAGCAACAGUUGCAGCAACAACAGCAGCAGCAGCAGCACGUUCAGCAGCAACAACUCCACCACCAGCCGCUGCAGCAACAGGCGGCCCUGCAGCACCAGCCGUUGCAGCAACACCAGCAGCAGCAGCAGGCGCAACUGCAUCACGAGCAGUCCUCCCACCAGCAGCAGCAGCAGCAGCAACAGCAGCCGCCGCCCCAGUACCACCCGCACCACCUGCACGCCCACGCCUUGCCCCACCAGCAGCAGCAGCAGCAACAGCAACAGCUGCACGGGGCCGAUCCCGACGACGACGAGGAGGAGGCGGAGCAGGUCCGUCUGGAACAGGUCCGCCGCAAGCAGAACGCCCAGCUCAGCCUGGUCGAGUCAUUCCUGACCACCACCGCACAGCGGCUGAGUGCACAACAGCAGGUGCAGCAGGUGGUGGCCGCCGCCGCGGCCGUCUCGGCGAUGGCGGGGGCCGGGGACGAUCCCGCCAAGCUGGGGCACAUGAUGGUCGGCCACAUGGGCGUCGGCGUGGGCAUGGACGAUGAGGAUGACGAUGACGAGGAGGAGGAUGAUGGCAGCUCGGCCAACCAUCCGCCCGGCGGUAGCCAUCCCCAUCAGCAGCAUCAUCCGCACGGCGCCCAUCCGCACUCGCACUCGCAGUCACACUCCCAUCCGCAUACGCAUCCGCACUCCCACUCGCAUGCCCAUCCGCAUCACGCCCAUGCCCAUGCCCAUGCCCACAGCCACGCCCACAGCCACCAGCACUCGCAGCAGGGGGCAGGGGGACAGCAGCAGCAGCAGCCCCACGGGGAUCCCAGUGCCUCGUACCGCCAUGCGGCGGCCAUGAACGCCGUGGCCCUCGGCCAGAAUCUGGUUGUUACCAAGGGCAGCAAAAAGUGGAUCGGUGCCGAUGACCGGCAUCUGGGCGACGUGACCAGCGACGUGCCCGGCAACGAGUCCGGACCGGGCUCUGGCCAGCUCCCCGGCAACGCCGGUCCCGGCCAGGACCUCGGGUUUGCAGUGCCCCCCAGUUCCGUGGACGAGCACAGCAAACUGCUCGGCCAGAACCGUGACUUCCUCGCCCGCCUCAUGAGCACGGCCAGCGCCAGUCACGCCCACGCCCAUGCUCAUGCCCAUGCCCACGCCCACCAGCAUCAGCACCAACACCAGCAGCAGCAGCACAGCGCCCAUAGCCGGGAGGAGGACGAGAACAGCUCCUUCCUGGAUGUCGUCGAGUCGGCCAACAACAAUGCGGCCGCGGCAGCCGCUGCUGCGGCGGCCAUGUCCCAGUACCAUCACAAUGCGGCGGCCAAUGGUGGAACGGGCGGAUCGGGUGGGCCAGGUGGCGGCGGCGGAGCCAGUGGCGGCCAUACUCCCACGGGACCGGCCACUGGCGGCGGAUCGGUAACCUCCUCCGGCGACGGCCCCGGCCAAAUGCAGAUGAACUCCCUGGCGCAUCCCCAGUCCUUCAUGAGCUCCUUCUACAACAACGCGAACGCAAGACUGACCGGAGCCGGAGUGGGCGUGGGCGUGGGCGGGGGCUCCUCGUCCGCCAGCAUGCUGGUGGAGGCGGCCCUCAACUCCGUUGGCAAUAUGAUUGACAGCGAGAGCAGCGACCUCAAGGUACCCACCGAUAACCACAUCAACAGCGACAGUCCCAUGAGCGCCCAUGUGGACGCCGAGGCCCAGCGCUUUGGGGCUGGCAGCGCCGGCGGAGGAGUGGGCGGGCCUAAUGGCGGCGGCGGCGGCGGUGGUGGUAGCAGUGGAGGAUCGUCGAGUGCUGCCAAUGGAACGGGCAUUGGGGGGGCCAUGGACAACCUGGAGAACGAGCUGAAGAUGAUGAAGAACUUGGGCAGCUUCCCCAUGCAAAUACCGCCGCUUCCGAUGUUCCAGGGAGCCUGCAACAUCUCGCCCAGCGCCUCGACCCCAACCAAUCCGCAGAGCAACCAGAACCAGAACGAUGUGGACGUGGAUGCGGGCAGCACACCUCGACCGCAGCAUCCCGACUCCGAUGGCUUCUCUUCGUCGCACCACCGUACGCCUCCCUCGCCGCCGCCCAUCUCUCCGGGCCGGGACUACGGUGGUAUGUUCGGCUCUGGGAAUGGUGCUGGUGGUCCAGGGUCCAAUAGCACGCCAGCGGGCAGCUCCAGUGCUGGCGGAGGCGGUGGUGGUGGUGGAGCCGGCGGUGGGGCCAACAGCAUGUCAGCCUCGUCCCCGCUGCCUGCCCUGCAGCCACAGCGACGGAAUGCUUCGAGCGUGGGCAGCACAUAUCCGGAGCACGAGCUCAUCUCGCCGGCCUCCUCCCCGAGCAUUCCGCGCUACAACUUCAACGGGGACAUGAUGCGCCACAAGCGGGCGGUGCAGGAGCAGGACCAGCACGAGCAACGCCAGCGGCACAACCUCUCGCGUCACAAUCAAAUGUCCAGCGACGAGGAGAACAGCAUCAUGCCGCAGAACAGCAGCGCGGGCCAGGAUAUGCGCAUGAAGUUCCCCCAGUCGCAGAUCGACCUCAUGUACUCCAAGUACGAGAGCAUGGCCAGCAACCUGAAGUACAACAGCCAGGAGCUCGACUCGCCGGCGGAGUAUCGCCAGAGCAGCAACAGCAAUGCGGCGAGUGCGGCGGCGGCUGCUGCCGCGGCGGCGAGUGCGGCCAACGAUCUGUCCGAUCUGCAGGGCCUGGACAUGAGCUCGCGAUCGAACGCGUCGAGCAACUAUCACCACAACUUCCAGCUGCCAAGCAGUCGCUACCAUCACCACAUAUACGACAUUCUGUCGGACAGGGAGCAGAGCCAGCAGGCGCAGGCCCAGGCGCAAGCACAGCAGGCAACGGGUGCAUCGGUGGUGCACCAGCAGGAGCACGGACACGGCAGCCAGCUGGCCAUGCAGCAACACCAGUCGGCGGCGGCCAUGCACAACAUGCUGAGCGAGCAGCUGGGCGAGCAGGAGCACGACCAGACCACCUCCGUGGACCUGAGCCGCACGGCCAACUAUGUGGUGUCGUCGCCGCCCCAGCUGCCCUACAACCAUCCGCAUCACGACAUGCUGCGAAUGGCCUCGCUGGACCUCACCCCGAACACGGCCAACAUGGCCGUGGGCAACAAUCGGUCGUUCCUCUCCUCACAGAUGCAGCACCAGAGCCGCGACAGUCUCGAGCAUCACCGCCUGCUCUCCACGGUCGAGCAGCACCGCAUUCUGGCCGCCUCGAAUGCCGCCGAUCAGCACCGCCUGCUGGUCGACCCCACCGCCCAUCUGCUGAUGGAACAGAACAAUCGCCUGCUGGGCACAGCAGACCAGUCCCGCCUCCUGGGCGAGUCGGCGGCGGCAGUGGCCCAGAAUCGGCACAUGGCCCGCAGCUUUGGGGCCUACCACCAGGUGGCAUCGAGCAACUACCAUCCGGGCGUACGACCGCCGCCUGUGCUGCCGUCGGCCAAUCAUCAUGCCUCGAAUCCGUCUAACUAUCACCCGUUCCCCGCCUACUACUAAAGGCGUGAGGGAGGGUGCGGGUAGACUAUGACUAUAUCCUGGGGCCGUGACAAGAGUGCAAUACCUAGAAGGGAUCUGUAGGAGCGGAAGCGGAAGCGGGAGUGGGAGUGGGAGCUCCAUUUCACGUAGUUCAAUUUGAAGCGCAACAAUAACUUUAGUUCCUCCAUAUAUUCCAUAUUCUCCUCCGAAGAACUCCAUGCCCAUCAUCCGUUCGAGCUCCGAUUUCAAAGUGUGCCAAUCUGUUUAAGUGUUUAGAUCUGUUUAGAAUUGUGUUUGUUUCCCCAAUCUGAUUUUAACACACACACACACCCACAAACACACACACAAAUAUGUAUAGUUGUAUAGGAAGCAUAAAAUAAAUAUUAUAAAUAUAUAUAAAUAUAGUAUGUAUGGUAAAUAUAAAUCGAAAAUGGAAAACGCGAAUGAAAACCAUAUGAAAAGGAAGCCUGCAGUGAGAAUUUUUUUAAAAGCAAAUUUCAUGCUGAGUUUGUAUAGGAACAAAAAGAAAAGAUGACAAAAGAAAAAGACGAUAAAAGUGCUAAACAUGCUAAAUAAUAAUAGUAAUAAUAAUGAUAAUGAAUAAUAUUUUUACACCAUGAGAAACGAGUAAAGUAAAGCGUAUUAACGAGUACAAAGUGUGGGCAGAGUUUCUCCUCUCUAGAUUCGGCAAGAGGACCUUUAUUACCCUCAUUAUCCCCUGCAAACUCAGCGAAUGAAUAUAUAUAUAUAUGGAUAGUGUAUAGACAUACCGAUACACGACCGAUCAGGAACCUAGCUCAAGCAUCAUCCCACACUCAAUGGCAUGUGCUCGAAGAUCGCAAUUGGCGUCUCGAAAACCUAACGAGUGUGUGUCUCUCUAUUUUUUUUUCUUGUUUUUUUUACUAUUAUAUUAUAAAUAUUGUGGAUAAUGGCGUUUCAGCGAUUCUAGUCAGACAAUGGGGGCUACAUGGCUAUAUAUACAAACAUAUAUAUAUAUAUAAUAAUAAUAAUAAAUGUACUAAAUGGUAUGGUAUAGCGAGUAAAUAUGUUAUAAUUUCAUGUAAAUUAUUAAAUUUAUAUAAGCCGCAGAAUGCGAUAAGGCAAAAGAACAAAAAAC